CGACUCCUAUGGUCGCCUAGCGCACAUGUUUAGAGGUAGGAAGGUAGGAACCCCAGACUUUUACAGCUCCAGCUCAGACACACUGAGCAAGGCUGAAAGCAUUUGCGCUGCAAAAAUAAAACAUUCCUUUACCGGAAAACACCUCUCACGACCACACUACCUCUAAGUUCAGGGAAUUCACUCGACAUAUCUGACCUCCCUUGUCGAGAUUCCUCUUGGCUCCAUACACUCCCAAGCAUAUCACCUCCCUUUUUUUCAAACGACGCACCACAGCAUCCGUGAAAGUCAACAUGUCCACCCGCAAGAUCCUCCUCAUCAACGGCCCCAACCUCAACCUCCUGGGGACCCGCGAACCACAAAUCUACGGCUCAACGACACUCACUCAACUCACAGACUCGAUCGUCUCAAGAGGAAAAGACCUCAACAUCACAGUCCACUCGUUCCAAUCCAACCACGAAGGUCAAAUUAUCGACUUUUUACAUUCACAUUUCGUCCCAGAUACAGCCUCCUCAGCAGACUCACCCAAACCCAAAACAGCAGUCAUAAUCAACCCAGCGGCCUACACGCACACCAGCGUUGCAAUCCGUGACGCACUACUAGGCACGAGUCUGCCUUUCAUUGAAGUACACAUUUCCAAUGUGCAUGCUCGCGAAAGUUUCCGAAGUCACAGCUACUUCAGCGACAAGGCUACAGGGGUGAUCAUGGGCCUGGGAGUCUAUGGGUAUACGGCAGCCCUCGAGUUUUGGGCGCAGAAAUGGGAUGCUGAGGAGAGAACGGACCAAGGGGACCAGUAGGUCUAUGUCUAGGUCUACUCAUAGACAGCAUGGUCUUUAAAAGCCUUUAUCAUGUCUCUCGACAUGAUGUGGUCAGGUUUGAAACGUGUACAGUAGUCUCUCUGGGUCAUAGUCUGGUC